AUGCCUCUGGUGUUGCUGCCUCCAGCUUGGGUCGACCACUGUAUUGGUGCGUUGCCUCCAACUUGGGUCGACCACUGUAUUGGUGCGUUGCCUCCAACUUGGGUCGACCACUGUAUUGGGGCGUUGCCUCCAGCUUGGGUCGACCACUGUAUUGGUGCGUUGCCUCCAACUUGGGUCGACCACUGUAUUGGUGCGUUGCCUCCAGUUUGGGUCGACCACUGUAUUGGUGCGUUGCCUCCAGUUUGGGUCGACCACCGUAUUGGUGCGUUGCCUCCAGUUUGGGUCGACCACUGUAUUGGUGCGUUGCCUCCAGCUUGGGUCGACCACUGUAUUGGUGCGUUGCCUCCAGCUUGGGUCGACCACUAUAUUGGUGCGUUGCCUCCAGCUUGGGUCGACCACUAUAUUGGUGCGUUGCCUCCAGCUUGGGUCGACCACUAUAUUGGUGCGUUGCCUCCAGCUUGGGUCGACCACUAUAUUGGUGCGUUGUCUCCAGCUUGGGUCGACCACUAUAUUGGUGCGUUGCCUCCAGCUUGGGUCGACUUCGAUUGUGGUUCGGUGCCUCCAGCUUGGGUCGACUUCUAUAGUGUGGUUCGUUGCCUCCAGUUAAGGUCGACCUCUAUAGUGGGUCGCUAA